AAUAUAAAUAUUUACUUUUUCCGUUAAUUUCUCUGCUCAAGCCGGUCCACACCAAUGAUCCGAUUAACGAACCCGGUUUUAACCCGAAGCUAUGAAUACAAAUCAAUUUGAAUUGCAGUAAAUUUACAAGAAAACCAGAGAAGAGCCGCCGGUUUUCAAUUCUCUGCAUCUCUUUGAUCUCCUAAAGGGUUUUGGUGAUUACAUGGUAGAAUGAAGCAUAUUGUGAAAAUAACGGCAAUUAUAGUUGCAAUUACUGCUCUUUGGAUUGGCCUUUUGCAAACUUCUGUUAUUCCUCCUACUCAUACUUGGUUGUUACCUAUUUAUUUUGUUAUAUCACUUGGAUGCUAUGGAUUGAUGAUGGUUGGUAUUGGGUUAAUGCAAUUUCCAACUUGUCCUCAGGAAGCUAUUCUAUUACAGCAGGAUAUAAUAGAGGCCAAGGGAUUUCUAAAGCAAAAUGGUGUUGAUGUUGGUUCAGAUUGAUGAUGCUCGCAUCUCCAUGCUUUGAUUGUCAAUGGUGGAUUUUCGGAAGGUUUUUGGCGCCGCCCAUGUGGAUCAGUGCCGAGUUCUUUCCCUGUUUAAAAUUUUGCCAUGAGUUGCAGUACUGAAGGGAGGUAGCUUUUGGAAUUCUAAAUCAAUUCCAGGAGACUCUAGGAAAAAGUAACAACAGAUUUCAGUUUCUUUUAUUCUCUUACACAUUAUUAUUUUCCUUUUUACAUUAGGUUGUUUACAGUAAUUUUUUGUAACAUUUUGCGGACAUCUAAUUCUCUACCUUUUAUACAGUGGUUAAAUGAGAGCUUUUCUAA